AUGUUGACCUUUUGGGGCGGAAGUCUGGUUACCUUCUUGACUACGUUGGAUUGGUCUCAGCUUGAGACUGCAAUCGAGAACGUCGUAAGCGAAGUUGAAUGGUGGGGGUGGGUGCAAUCUGGACUCAGCAUCACCGCAGCAUUCCUUUCCAUCUACAUGACAGCAGGUGCUGCCUUGGCUGUCAAGAUCACGACCAUGCUACCUACAGUGUAUUCACUGUUUGGAAAUACCAUAGACUUUCUCGAAAACGAUUGCUUUGGUGAAAUUACGAGUUUUCCGUGCGACAACUUUCAGAAUUCUGGUGGUCAUGGCGUUACGACUUCACUGAUCGAUAUGGGCCAAACUUCUGGCACAUUCACGGUAUCGUAUCACAUGCAGAGAAUCAAGGAUCAGAUGGAAGUGUUUUACGAGGACGAAGUACUGUACACGACGGGAGGGUUGGUGUCGGGGCCUGGGCAAGCCACCGUAUCUUUUGCUGGAGAGAGCCAAUUGGUGACGAUAGUCGUCUCGUCUCCUUAUGUUGGCACGGCGUGGUCGUAUGAUGUAACUUGCCCCGGAGAGUAG